UUUAGUAGGAAAUUGACACAUUGAUAAGUGUAGCUUUGAGUGGAAAAGCUAGGUUAGAAAAUUUCUGAUCAGUAGUUUCAUUCAUUUUUUAUUUUCUGGAUUACUUUUAUGUAAAUAUAAUGGAAGAACAAGAAAAGACUUGCGUAAUUUGUUUACAAAAUUACACAGAAUGUGAAAGUUUCAAAUUAAUCCCUCUGUCGACAGUUAUUACCAAUAACGAGUCACUGUUGAAUAAAAUCCACUGUAUGGCCUCUAACAGGGAGUUUGAGGUGUUUCAGGAAACCUGGGAGAUUUGCCCAGACUGCUCCAAGGAUUUGAAUAAGACAUGGGAAUUCAGGAAAAAGCUCAUAACUGCAGUAGCAUUUUGGAAAGAAUGGCAAGUUAAAAUUCAAACGCAGGAAGUUGCGAUAGUUGAAACUUCACUACCUGAAACUUGUAUCAAUGGGGGCAAUGACAUGGUGUACCCGAAUAAACUGUCUCUAGACGAAUACUGCUCGGAUAGUGCCAAAUCCGAAACAGAUACUUUUGUUUGUGGGUUGUGCUUGCAAUUAUAUCAAUCUGCAGCAGACAUGCUGAAUCAUUCAUGCAGUCCAAGUAACAACAUGAAAAACCCAGAAACUGUUACAUACCCAUGUGACUUGUGUGGGACGAGCUUCACAUCGAAAUCACAGUUCAAAUAUCAUUCUAAAACAGCGCAUGCACCUCCCAAAUCGCACCUGUGUACCAUCUGCAAUAAAGCUUUCAAGCACUCCCACAACCUGCGGGAACACCUUACUACACACACUCGCGAACGCAACUAUCAUUGCGACAUUUGCAACAAAACGUUCCACCGCUUGUCAUCCCAGAACCGGCACAAGCAAACACACAAGGCCCCUCCUGGAGAGAAAACAAAGAAGUCCCCUUUUCUGUGCAGCAUCUGCGGCAAGAACUUUCCUUACUCCAAUGGCUUUCAACGUCACAUGAGAACACACUUUGCUGAAAAACCACAUCAGUGCAAUAUUUGUAACAGAGCAUUUAGUCAGUCAACUCACUUGAAGGUUCACUUGAGGACGCACAGUGGGGAAAGGCCUUUCAUCUGCUCUGUGUGUAAAUCUUCGUUUUCACUUAAAGCUACUCUGCGGAAGCAUAUGAAGGGACACAAGGAUUCCGAGGAUUAUGUCAAGAUGGUUCACACUCUUGAGCCAAACUUGGGGCAGACUAAAAAGUCUUGAAUAGUCUGAGAUUGUUGAAAAAUGGCAUUGCACAUUUGUGGGUUGAAAAGCGAAUCUAUUGGAAAUAGAAGAAUCUGUAGUUGUACAGACGUAUGGAGAAUUUUAGCAGAAUGAAUAAAUUUCCUAGCAAUUAUGGUUUUAUUAAAGCAUUGUUUAGGUGUUUUCUGAAUCGAUUCAAACCAAUGUCAAUAUGCUUUUGAGCAUAAAAUAUUGAGCAAGUGUUGUGAAGCAAUGAAGUCAGAAUGAUAAAUUCCAUUUACAAAAUAAAAAAGUUCAAUAUUUAUUCAGUGA